AUACGCCCCAUCUUUAAGCCCAGUAUAUGCGCCGUUAGCCGGAGUACAACAGGACAGGAUACGUCCUGUGUAAGCCGUCAGCCAAGGGUCAACGCCUAUGCCUUGACUACGGGAAGAGUAACACUCUCCGGUUGAUAGGCAGCUAUCACAUCUACCGGGAAUAAAAUACAUGAUUGAGACAAUGGAUACCCAGCGUGCCUUGCAGGCAGUGGAGCGUCUCCAAGCCAAGCUAAAGGAGCGUGGGGAGGUCCCCACCGAGGAGAAGCUCAGCCUGCUCAAGUCAGUUCUCCAGAGCCCCCUGUUCCACCAGAUUCUGGCCCUUCAGAAGUCUGUCCAGCUCCUCAAAGACCAGGGUGGUGUCACAUCAACACUUAGCGGUGACCUGAGUGAAUGCUACACAUCAGCCCAGGCCAAUGGUGGCCAUCUUGCCUACCCAGAAGCCUCCACUAGUAUACAGAUCAAUGGGAGGCAAUCGCCUGAGGAGUUUGAGCACAUCAUUCGCUCCAUGGCUCAGGGGCGUUACGUGAUGUACAUGGAGCUGGUGAAGCCGCUGUCUGGGGGUCUGGGCUUCAGCGUGGUUGGCCUGAGGAGCGAGAACCGUGGGGAGCUGGGCAUCUUCGUCCAGGAGAUCCAGCCCGGGAGCGUGGCCCACUGCGAUGGGAAGCUGAAGGAGUCAGAUCAGAUCUUGGCCAUCAACGGUCAACCCCUGGACCAGACAGUGACCCACCAGCAGGCCAUAGGCAUCCUGCAGAGAGCCUCUGAGCACGUGCAGCUCACCAUAGCCAGAGGACCCAUCCCUCAGCUGGCCAGCCCCGUGGUGUCCCGUACCCCCUCCGCUGCCAGCACCCUGUCUGCCCACUCCAGCGCGGCCCACUGGAAUCAUGUGGAGACAAUGGAGCUGGUCAAUGACGGGACAGGCCUGGGCUUUGGCAUUGUGGGAGGCAAGACCACCGGUGUCAUUGUCAAAACCAUCCUACCUGGAGGCGUCGCUGAUCAGGAUGGGCACUUACGCAGUGGGGACCACAUCCUCAAGAUUGGGGACACUGACCUGUAUGGCAUGGGAAGUGAGCAGGUGGCUCAGGUCCUGAGGCAGUGUGGUAACAGAGUGAAGUUGGUUAUCACUAGAGGCCCUCCAGAGGAGACCUCCAUCGUCCCAAUGUUGUUGCCCACGGUCACAGAGCAACAGGGAUAUGAGGAAGAGGAGGCCGAAGCGUUCGAUGUUGGGCUGACCAAGAAUGCCCAGGGUCUGGGAAUCACCAUCGCCGGCUAUGUGGGGGACAAAAAUUCUGAGCCCUCUGGUAUUUUCGUGAAAAGUAUAACUAAAGACAGUGCUGUAGAGCAAGAUGGCCGGAUCCAUGUUGGAGACCAGAUCAUAGCCGUGGACAGUAAUAACAUCCAGGGCUACACCAACCAGCAGGCCGUGGAGGUGCUGAGACACACAGGCCAGACUGUUCACCUGAAGCUGAUCAGGCGAGGCUUCCGUCCAGAGGACAUCCCACCCGCUGUGGUGCCCAGUGUGAUCGUAGUCUCACCAACCCCAGUGGGCAGAGACCCCACACUGGAGAGAACGGAUGUUGUGGACGCCACCACUGAAGGUGAGAAACAGUACCAGGUAUUGAGUGGGGAAUCAGAUGUCACCAACGUGAAGGAUCAGUUAACUGAGAACACCAGAGACGAAGCAAAGCUAACAGAGGAUGAAGAGUUGGAGCUGAUGAAGAGGUGGCAGGAGACUCUCGGCCCCAGCAACAAAGUAGUUGUUGCCCAGGUGGAGAAGUUCAGUGAGAGCAGUGGUCUGGGCAUCAGUCUGGAGGCCAACAACGGGCACCACUACAUUCGCUCCGUCCUGCCGGAGGGGCCAGUGGGAUGCUGUGGGAAACUCUUCAGUGGGGACGAACUGCUUGAGGUCAAUGGAAUAUCCCUGAUUGGUGAGACCCACAAGGAAGUGGUGAACAUUCUGAAGGAGCUGCCUGUCUGUGUCUACAUGGCCUGCUGUAGGUCCGCCCCUCUCCUAAAGAGUGACAGGGAUUCUGGCCAACCAGGGUUGGAUGAAUUUGCCACUGAACCGAAAAUGAAGAUACAGGGAGACCUCGGCAGUUUCCUGGUUUCCGAAGGUUCCGAGGGGGUGGCAACGAAGGAAAAUGUAACGGAGGAGACACUCGGAGCUCCUUUGGCCAUGUGGGAGACGGAGAUACAGGAUAUUGAGCUAGAGAAGGGAGAGAGUGGACUGGGAUUCAGCAUCUUGGACUACCAGGACCCAAUUGAUCCGGCCAAGACGGUGAUCGUGAUUCGCUCUCUGGUGUCCGAAGGAGUGGCGGAACAGGAUGGCAGGCUGUUGCCAGGUGACCGGCUCAUGUUCGUCAACAGCACCAACCUGGACAAUGCCAGUCUGGAGGACGCCGUCCAGGCAUUGAAGGGGGCCGACAUCGGCAAGGUCCACAUCGGGGUGGCCAAGCCACUGCCUCCGUACAAUGAAGAGGGCAGUCCGUCGUCAUCCUCGGGAAUCUGUUCUUUUAUCUUCAACACUCUGCUGGUUAAAGAGAGAGAAGAGGAGCCAGCAGAGGGCCACCUUUUCUGGGCAGAGCCUGCAUUGAUUGACUCCAAUGAGGCAGACCUGACCGAUGAGAGGGUGUUGGAGCAUCGCUUCUCUGGCGAGGAGGAUGACACCUUCCAAGCAUCCUUGAUCGCCCUCCACGGCAGCACCUGCAGCGCUGACCUGUCCUACCAGAUGAUCUUGCAGUCCUCCACACCCAAGCGGAGUGCUCGUCUGGACUUGUUGACCGAACACCCCUUUGUGAUGUUGUCCGGCCUCGCAGACGUCACCGAACCCUUCUCCCCGGAGGAGAAGCCCAUCGCUUUCCCCCUGCCCAGGAGUAUUGGAAGUCACUCCCUAAUGAUUGACAACAACACACUAGCUAGCUCCGAUCAGUUCCUGGCGCAUCACUUAACCCAAAUGGAGCCGGCGGAUCUGUCGAACUCCUACAGUCCGUACACUGACUCCGGUUUGAAUGAUUUGGGGGAGCCGAUGCAGUCUCUCCAUUUUCCGGUGGAGCCCACCAUGGCCAUUGCGGACAUAGGGGAGAUGGACGGCUUAAUGAAGGGGGAUGAGCCAUCUGUAAAGCAGUCCAAAGAGGAAGGGGACAAGAUUAGAACCACUGGGAGUAACUUUGAAAGGACAAUCACUGUUGUCAAGGGCAACUCCAGUCUCGGGAUGACGGUGAGCGCUGUCAAGGAUGGCUUGGGGAUGCACAUCCGCAGCAUCAUCCACGGAGGCUCCAUCAGCCGAGACGGCCGUCUGGGGGUGGGGGACCUCAUCCUGGCCAUCAACGGCGAGGCCACGGCCAACCUGACCAAUGCACAGGCCCGCGCCAUGCUCCGGAGACACUCCCUCAUUGGGCCAGACAUGGGAUCUGCUUGUGCACCAGAGGACGAUCUGUGCCCCUUUUAUGUCAUCACCUAUGUCCCCGUGGAGUAUCUGGAGGAGUACAAGGCCAGCCUGGAGCAGCCUAAAGAUGACGUCUUCUCUGAUGCUCCUCCGGCCCCAAUAAGAGAAAUCCCAGAACUCCCAGAGCGGGAGGAUGGAGAGGGAGAGGAGAGCGAGCUACAGAGUGCCACCUUCAGUAACUGGAACCAGCCCAGGAAGGUGGAGCUAAAAAAAGAAGCGGGCAAGUCCCUUGGCAUCAGCAUCGUGGGGGGCAGAGGGAUGGGCAGUCGCCUCAGCAACGGUGAGGUGAUGCGGGGCAUCUUCAUCAAACACAUCCUGGAGGACAGCCCCGCCGGCCGCAACGGAACCCUGAAGACUGGAGACAGGGUUGUUGAGGUGGAUGGCGUGGACCUGAGAGAUGCCAGUCACGAGCAGGCUGUGGAGGCCAUCCGCAGGGCAGGAAACACUGUAGUGUUCCUCGUCCAGAGUAUCGUCCACAGGCCCAGGUCCUCAACCACAGACACCAACGAGGAGAGAGCGACAGCCAUGGUGCGGUGCAAUAAUGACAAGGAGGUUGAGAGUCACAGUAGACUAUUCCUACGCCUCUCCCCAACUAACCCUUUCACUCCUACUCCGUUUAAGCCGCCAAAGAGGGAAGUGGGAAAGACAUCGUCCACUACUCCUCACCUCUCCCUUCCCGUGGUUCCCCACGUCGGAGAGACAGACACCGAUACCCUGACAGAGAUUCCCGACAGACAGGCCCAGACGGAAGACAAGGAUGAGUUUGGCUACAGCUGGAAGAACAUCAUUCAGCGCUACGGCAGCCUUCCGGGGCUGCUGCACAUGAUUGAGCUGGAGAAAGGGAAGACUGGCCUGGGCCUUAGUCUGGCUGGCAACCGCGACCGCUCCCACAUGAGUGUGUUUGUGGUCGGGAUCGACCCCACUGGAGCCGCCGGCAAAGAUGGUCGCAUUGUGGUAGGGGAUGAACUGUUGGAGAUCAAUGGGCAGAUUCUGUAUGGGCGGAGUCACCAGAAUGCCUCCUCCAUCAUCAAAAGCGCCCUGUCGAAGGUCAAGAUCAUUUUGAUCAGGAACACAGAUGCUCUCAACCAGAUGGCUGUAGGACCAGUGAGGGAGCAUGGAGACACCCUGGAGCCCCAGACAGAGCUAGAAACAUGUACUUCCAUUGCACCCUCGGCGAUCGAUGUCGACAUGUUGAAAUAUGUGCAGCACGUCAUUCUGCCGAAGGAGGAGGGUGGAUUCGGCAUCAAUUUCAGUGAGGAUGACUCCAAGAAUGGGGUGGUGAUUCAGAGUAUAACUGAAAAAGGACCAGCAGGAAAGGACGGCAGCAUCAAAUCUGGAGAUAAACUCCUGGCUGUGGAGGAUGAACCAGUGGUGGGCUACACUGUGGAGAGGGUCCAUUCUCUACUGCGGAAGGCCAAAGGCUCAGUGAAGUUGACAAUCUGCACAGAUGAGUCAUCGCCCCUCCCCCCCCACUAUACUGAUCAGGCCACCAGCCUACCCAGCAUCCCUAGCAUUUCCAUGGCUACCCUGGGACAGACUGAGUCAGAGCCAAUCAGGAGCUCAAGUCGCUCGUCCACCCCUGGCACUCUGGCCUCCUCUGACCCUAUGACCUGUCCCAUCAUCCCCGGCUGUGAGACCACCAUAGACAUCUCCAAAGGCCAAACGGGCCUGGGCCUCAGCAUCGUGGGGGGCUGUGACACUCUAUUGGGGACCAUCAUCAUUCACGAGGUCUAUGAGGAGGGAGCUGCCUCCAAGGAUGGGAGACUUUGGACUGGGGACCAGAUCCUGGAGGUGAAUGGCAUUGACCUGCGCGUGGCCACUCACGACGAAGCUAUCAACGUGCUGCGGCAGACUCCUCAGCUGGUGCGUCUGAGCGUGUACAGGGAUGAGGCCCAGUACAAGGAGGAAGACCUGUGGGAUGCCUUCACCGUGGAGCUGAACAAGAAGCCCGGCCAGGGCCUGGGCCUCAGCAUCGUGGGGAGAAGGAACGACACAGGGGUGUUUGUGUCGGACAUAGUGAAAGGGGGCGUGGUGGAGAGUGACGGGAGGCUGAUGCAGGGAGACCAGAUCCUCUCCGUCAACAAGGAGGACGUCAGAAACGCCACCCAGGAGUCAGUGGCUGCGCUGCUGAAGUGCGGUGUGGGACCCAUAGUGAUGGAGGUUGGCAGAUUUAAAGCCGGACCCUUCCACUCUGAGAGAAGGUUCUCACAGAACAGUCAGAUGAGUGAAACAGGCAGCUGCAAGGUGACCCCUCACUCUCUGUCAGCCUCCUCUGGAAGCCUCCAGAUGGACUGUGACAGCGUACAACAUACAACACUGGACCACCAGGAGACCAGAAGUGUUGAAUUCACAAAGGGUCUCACUGAUUCAUUGGGCAUCAGUAUUGCGGGUGGAGUGGGCAGUCCCCUGGGUGAUGUGCCCAUCUUCAUCGCCAUGAUGAACCCUACCGGCCUUGCUGCCCAGACACACAAACUCAAGAUCGGUGACAGGAUCGUCAGUAUCUGUGGGACCGCUACUGAGGGUAUGAGCCACAGCCAGGCCGUCACCCUGCUGAAGAACGCCACCGGCACCAUCGAGCUGCAGGUGGUAGCAGGGGGUGAUACCACAGUGACCGGCCCCUCUCAGGAACAGACAGCUGCCGGACUCUCAGUCUCCAGCCUUACUGCUACUAGCAUCUUCCACGAUGACCUGGGACCUCCUCAAUAUAAGGCCAUUACCCUGGACAGAGGCCCAGACGGCCUGGGCUUCAGCAUUGUUGGUGGCUUUGGAAGCCCACAUGGAGACCUGCCUAUUUAUGUGAAAACCGUGUUUGGAAAGGGGGCAGCGUCAGAGGACGGGCGUCUGAAGCGGGGGGAUCAGAUUAUGGCUGUUAACGGACAGAGUCUGGAGGGGGUCACCCACGAGGAGGCCGUGGGCAUCCUGAAGAGGACCAAGGGAACAAUCGCCCUCACUGUGCUCUCCUAGAUACACACACACCUCGCCCUACACACAUAGACAAAGAAUCAUACCCUGGGGUAGACACACAUACACACCCUAAUAUACUGUACAUGUAUUGAAAUGUGAACACACCCAUAUAUUCCUAAACUCGAAGGUUGUUUUGUUCGUGUAGCAAGAAACAUUGUGAUCCAUAUUAUUUGUAUUUACCAGAAGCUACUGCAGGUAGACUGAAGUAUUCACUGGACACUGUGGCUAAGAUCUUUUAUACUCUAGUUUUCUAUGCUCAGACAUGGACUGUGUUAUGGUAUUUAGGGUUAAGAGCCCUUUUUAAGCAAUAUCUGAAAAUAUUGGUAGAAUAAGGGCCAUUAUUUAAAGCUUAUGCUACUUUAAACUGCUGUCCAUCCUCUUCUAUAGUGAAGUCACUGUCGUUUUUAAGUCUAAACUCUCUGAAUAACGUUUUGUUUGUGACGCAAAUCACCUUUUCAGAAGUGAAAUGGUCUUAAAGCAGACCAAGUAUCUAAGUGUGUGUACGUGGUCACACACUCAGGGAAAGGAGAGGGCGUGUAUGAGACACUCACUGAAAUGUAGUUCUGCUAAUGCAGAUGAUGUGACGUAUUGUUUCACAGUAUUUUACCAUUCGAGUAUUAAUUCUUUUUUUGGGGGGGUCAUUUUCUGUAAUGACCAUACUUUAUCAUAAUAUGAUAGUAGGUGAAGGAAACCAGCUUCUGUGGUCUAUCUCAGUGGUCUCCAACCUGGAGAGCUACUGCAGCCAAGCACUAGCACAGCUGUUUCACAUAAUCAACUGUUGACGGUUUUCAAUAUGGACCACAAUUAGUCGAAUCAAGUGUGUUAGUGUUGGGCUGGAACAAAAACUUGUACACCUCCAGGAUAGGAGCUUCUUAAUUAAUUUCAAACCAUUAGCUAGAUAACCCAUGUUCUAGUUUCACAACAAUGGAUCCCCUUUUUAACAUUGCGUCAGUCACACUCUUACAGAUGUAGGGUCUUCAUUUGAGCCAGUUUGCUACAGCAGGAAAAGAAUACUGCAGCAACAGGAAAUGUGGAUUUAAUUAAUGGACA